AUGGGCCAUGAUGAAAAGCAAGUACCAGUUCAGCAUCAAGUGCAACAAGCAAGUGUUCAAGCCACUUUUUUAAAAAGAUCAACAAAGCAAUUAAGAACGAAGGCCUUGACAAAGCCUACCAAAGCUGACAAGGAACACAUCUUCAACAUUUAUCGUCAUCAGCACAGCUCUCUGAAUAACAGCAUUAAGGAUAACACUGAGCUGGACGGUCUGAAGACCAACAACGACCAUCUGAAACUGGCUAUCGAAAGCAAAGGCGUCCUUGAUCAUAUUGUGCGACAUGCUACUAGCUUUGAUCCAAGAACAGAUAUGACCCUCAUGUUCCAAGUCUACCAGAACCAAUGCAAUGUCAAAGUCCUCUCCUUAUACGAUUGUGGUCUAUAUUGUCUCUGGAAGAAGACUAGCCUCUCAUUGCCUUCCUGCCCUAAGCUUCUUGCCAAAGACGCUGAUUCAUGGUUUGCAAUUCUGGAGUUGAUCUACACAUCUGCAAUCAAGCUUUCCCAACAAUUGAAUCAGACUAACGACAGAUCCUACGACUUGUACUUUAGUCGCAAGAGGAAGAGCAAGGCGAUUGACUACAAGGAUUGGCUCCGAGGUACCUUCUUCCCCCCUGACACCGUUGCUGACCCAUUGAUUCUACCUGUGCCUCUAUACGAUCCAGCAAGCAAUGGAACUGAACCUCCCAAGAAGCAAAAGAUCAUCUUCUAA